AUGGAGCGUCAUCGGCCAGCGGAGGUGGAAUUGCAAGCAGCCAUGACGUCGAAGGGGAUCUUCGCCUAUGCUGGGUUGCCGUUUCGGAUUAACGCGAGAUACAAUCUCUGUCCUGAUUAUUUCAAAGAUCUCGGUCUAGCCCUCUAUUCCUGGUUCGAAUUAUCGUCAGACCCCUUCUCACGCACUGGUCGUCAUGUCAUCAUAUGCGCAAAAGUCGGAUCCGAUCAAGCGCCGGCAAUCACAAUCGCGGGUCCUCUUUUGCUGAAAGCUUCCCGGGGGACUCAUGUCAUCGAUGAUGCAAUUCCUGUUCAACGCGAUCAGGAACCUACAGCAACCGGCGGUGUCGAUAUACUUGAGGGGAAAGUACUUCAACAGUGGUCGACACCACAACCUAAUUGUGUACUUUUGUGUACUGUGUAG